ACCUGUAGAGGAAGUGAGGUCGGCACGUGCUUGUAGUCGGAUGGAGCAGCAGCAGCAGGAGCAGCAGCAGCUAAGGAACUUGCGGGACUUCCUGUUGGUCUACAAUCGGAUGACAGAACUCUGCUUCCAGCGCUGCGUGCCCAGCCUGCACCACCGAGCUCUGGAUGCUGAGGAGGAGGCCUGUCUGCACAGCUGUGCUGGGAAGCUGAUCCAUUCCAACCACCGCCUCAUGGCCGCUUAUGUGCAGCUCAUGCCUGCCCUGGUGCAGCGCCGCAUCGCAGACUACGAGGCUGCCUCAGCUGCGCCAGGUGUUGCUGAACACCCUGGAAACUCACCAUCAGGCAGCUAGCUGUCCCCAGCCCCAGGAAGGGAGGCACUGGAUGGACCCUCACGUUGAAGGAGCUUGUGGACCUGGGGCUGGGUGCAGCCUGUAUAUACAGAGUGAGGGGUUGCCUGAGAGCUGGGUAUUGUUGCUCCUUUUCCUGGAGUAAUAAACCAGCUUUUAUUCUG